AUGCCGGCGCAGCGCACCGUUCCUACCAGCUCGCAGUCACGAAACAGCGAGAGCGGCGCGCCGGCCGCGGCGGCGAGCGCGCCGCCGCUCCGGCCACUCAUCAAGGUCGCUCUGCUCGGCGACAGCCAGGUCGGCAAGACGUCACUGAUGAACCGGUUCAUCGAGGGCACGUUCGACGACACGGAGCUGCAGACGCAGGGCGUCAACUUCAUGGAGAAGACGGUCAGCAUCCGCGGGCACGAGGUCACGUUUUCGAUCUGGGACAUCGGAGGCCACAAAGACUUUGAGUCGAUGCUGCCGCUCGCGUGCAACGACGCGGCGGCGAUGCUGCUGCUUUUCGACCUCUCCAAGCCGGAGACGCUCGACCGGAUCCGGGUCUGGCACCAGAAGGCACGAGAGCGAAACAAGUUCGCUACGCCCGUCCUGGUCGGCUGCAAGUUUGACCUCAUGCUCGAGGCGCCGCUGGAGGAGCAGCGGCACAUUGUGCAGAUGAGCCACCAGUUCGCAAAGGCCAUCAACGCGCCGCUCGUCUUUUGCGCGCCGUCGGUGCCGAUCAACGUGACCAACGUCUUCAAGGUCAUCCUCAUCUCUCUCUUCGGCCUCGAGCCCGCAGUCCCGCAGCUCACCCGGCUGGGCGAGCCCCUCCUCCUCUACGCCGGAGGCGAGCUCGACCUCGACUCGGUGGCGGAGCCGCCGCCGCCGCUGCUGCCGCGCAGCAAUGGUGGCGCCUCACCCCUCGCCGAUGUCGCCGGCAUGGCGCCCGCUUCGCUCCGCUCGAACUCGUUCGGCGGCGGGCACGCCGGCGCAGAAAAGACGUGGGGCGCCUCGUCGGGCGCGUCUCUUGGCGUGUGAGAGUGUGUGUCCUGAGAGUGUCACAGUCACCUGGGAGCUUAUGACCUGGGAACUAUAUGUGUAUGUCAGUGCGCCUAUGCUCAUGUCACAUGUGUGGUC